CCUUCAAGCACAAGCUGAAGACACACCUCUUCAAGCAGCACCUCUCCCCGUCCCUCCCUACCUCCCUGUGAACCUUAAUUGUUGUCUUUACCUGUGUUACUUGUCAUAAGGAUGAUACCUUUGCUAGUUUGGUUUGGCUAGUUAUGGCUUUAAGUGGUAAGGUAGCUCUCGUAACAGGUGCCGGGCAAGGUUUAGGGAAAGGCUUUUCUGACAUUCUUCUGAAAAAUGGAGCAAAGGUAGCACUGUUGGAUAUAAAUGAAACGGUUGGGAAAAGCGCCAAAGCGGAUUUUGAUAAAGAGUACGGAGAAGACCGCACCAUUUUCUUGACAUGCGAUGUGACCUCAGACGAACAACUCAAAGAUGCAUUCCAGAAAACCAUCGAGAGGUUUGGCCGAAUCCACAUAAUGAGCAACAAUGCAGGGAUCGUGGACGAGACUAACUGGGAGAAAAUGGUGGCAAUAAAUCUGAAUGCAGUGAUUCGGGGCACCUAUCUGGCACUUCAGCACAUGAAGAAGGACACUGGAGGAGAAGGAGGGGUCAUAGUCAAUACAGCUUCCAUGGCAGGCCUGAGUCCGUCCACACUCUUACCUGUAUAUGGGGCUGCCAAACAUGCGGUAGUUGGGUUCAGCCGGUCUGUGGCAGACGCCUCGAUGAUGAGUGGGUAUGGCGUGAGGAUCAACACCCUCUGUCCCACUGCUGUCAAAACUCCCCUCCUUGAAGGAAUGUCCGAUGUGAAGAAACGCGGAUGGUUUCUCCACCUCUCCUACCUCAGUGAGGACAUAAGAGCGAAAUUAGGGAUAAUCGAGGUACCAGCGGUGGCUGAGGGGUUCCUGCAGCUGGUGAUCGAUGAGGACAAGAACGGGGCAGUGAUGGUGGUGAAAGAGGAAGGCUGCAGCUACGUGGAUUUUCCAAAGGAAUUCAUGCUUGAUCUAAAGGCCCAUAUUCCCUGUACUGAGCCUAAGCCCCCUUCCCAGUAAACUCCUUAUGAGUUUCAUUGAUUUUAAUAGAUGAUUCAGUAGAACAACAUUUUCACUAGAUGUUUCUGCAAGAAAAGGACCUGCACUGAGGACAUCAGCUGUGCAUUGCAUUUGGGGUGCCCAGUAGUGUAGUGGUUAAGGUACAUGACUGGGAUCGAUCCCCAGUGUAGCCACAAUAAGAUCAGUGCAGCUGUUGGGCCCUUGAGCAAGGCCCUUAACCCUGCAUUGCUCCAGGGGAGGAUCGUCUCCUGCUUAGUCUAAUCAACUGUACGUUGUAGAAAUAUAAAUGGCAUUGCACAUGAGAAACUACUGCAUGAUAUUUCAGCAUCACUUGUGUAGUGGAGAAUUGGGAGACAACAGGGAACAAGCCCAAGGUUGCGCUGUUCAUACAUGGAAACAAAAUCAGGGUCAGGUUAGAAAAAGAAUGCCUCUUGUCUAAUGGCCAAGUAUUCAUGUUUUUGUUUUUUUUAAAGAAUCAUGUGCCAGCAUAGUUACACUGAAACACGAAGCCAUCAGACCUGUUCAGGCUUUCAGAAGUCUGUUCUUAAUGUCACCCUAUUGAAGGCAAUAUAUCACACGAAUAAAUACCAUCCAUCCAUCCAUUAUCUUAACCCGCUUAUCCUGAACAGGGUCGCAGGGGGGCUGGAGCCUAUCCCAGCAUACAUUGGGCGAAAGGCAGGAAUACACCCUGGACAGGUCGCCAGUCCAUCGCAGGGCACACACACCAUUCACUCACACACUCAUACCUACGGGCAAUUUAGACUCUCCAAUCAGCCUAACCUGCAUGUCUUUGGACUGUGGGAGGAAACCGGAGUUCCCGGAGGAAACCCACGCAGGCACGGGGAGAACAUGCAAACUCCACACAGAGAGGCCCCGGCCGACGGGGAUUCGAACCCAGGACCUCCUUGCUGUGAGGCGGCAGUGCUACCCACUGCACCAUCCGUGCCGCCCAAAUAAAUACCAUGUCAUCCUUUAUGUUUUCAAAAAUAUCUUUCCCAGAAUUUAGUGAUAACACAAUAUAAAUGUGUUUAUGACCUUCAGAGAAACUAAAAGUCUUAACCUCCCUAAUGCAAGAACCUGUCAGACUGGUUGAGGCUUUAGUCAUCCAAGUGCAAUUUCCACGUAGGAUAAUUCCUACAGUACUUGAAGGCAACAUCUGUACGGCUUUGCCACUCCUAUUGCUGACAUCACAUCACGCAGCGGUCUUAUAUGAAACCUCACUUAUAACUCAAAUAUAGCUAUUUCUAACAGUAAGCGCAUUUGGCAAUUCAUAAAAUAUUUAACAAAUUUAGUUUGAGGUUGAGAAAUAACCUAAAUACAAAAAAUCUGCGGUGUUAUCGUUCGCACGGAGGUAUUGUUCCAUAGGCUUACUUUUUUUAUUAUUAUUGACAAAGUGAGAAAUGUGUGAUAAUUAUUAGUAAAGUUCUGAGGUAAAACGCUGAACUGAUUUCUCCAGUUAUGGCAUUAAGUGAUAAGGUAGCUCUUGUAACUGGUGCCGGGCAAGGUUUAGGGAAAGGCUUUUCUGACAUUCUUCUGAAAAAUGGAGCAAAGGUAAGCAUGUUUCUUCACGUUCGAAAGGGUCGAAUUGUUUUGCAGAAUGUCCGUCUUCUAUGGUGUUUGUAACAAUCGAUGUGUGUACUAAGGUGGCACUGUUGGAUAUAAAUGAAACGGUUGGGAAAAGCGCCAAAGCGGAUUUUGAUAAAGAGUACGGAGAAGACCGUACCAUUUUCUUGAAAUGCGAUGUGACCUCAGACGAACAACUCAAAGGUAGGCUAUAUUUUUAUUAUUGAUAUUUUACACGGACAGUUAUACCAAAAAAUAAACCCAAAUGUAAAUUUUGGCACACCCAGCUCUGAUGAUCCAACAGCACUUUUUGUUGUGUUUGCGACUGUAAUGUCAAAUGUAAUCUGGCACACAGUCGAUUGAGCUUUUUUCCGUUUCUUAAAAGGGAGGAUAACUCAGAUCCUACAGUCCUUUUACAGGGCGGCCUCAGGUGCUUGGCACAGGCAAUGAGAGCUGACGCAGAGAGGCCCGACAUAAGUUUCAAAGUGUCAGAAACAUACUGUAUAAAGAAUAGGUCAGAAACAUGGGGGAUUCUUGCUAACAUUACAUUAGCAAGAAUCACAUACAUCAUACAAAUAAAAUAAAUUCGUUCAGUUUUCAUUAAUUCGUUUUAUAUUCCAACAUUGACUUUACGUGUUCAGUGUUCAGACCUUGGUUAAAUGACACAGAAAACACUGCCUGCUAUUCACUUUCUCAUCCACCCGGAACUAAAUUCUUCACUGUUGUGACGACAUAUUACAAA